UCCUAUCCUUCCCUGACCUUUCCGGCCUUGCCUUGGCCUUUCCCCAAAAGCGCGCCUCCACGAAGCGAUCCUUCGUUGCUGGCUUCGCUUCGCAUAAUCGAGGAGUGCACGAAGGAACCGCGCGAAAUCCGCGGCAUCUCAGCGUCGGCCUCUUCGCCGCCUUCCCAUCGACCCGUCCCACCUGAUCAGAUCCUAUCAGUCUCCGCCUCUCCGGUCCCGAUCGCGCCGCGCAUGGCCGAGGGCGACGCGCCCGCCUCCGCCGCCGCGGCGGUGGCAACGGCGUCGCCGGCGCCGCCUGAGACUCCGUCGACGCAGAAGCGGAGGCAGCGGGGGCUGGUGUCCCGGGUGUGGAAGGGCAUCUUCGGCGGCCGCGAGGACGUGGAGAAGCUGCUGCACGCGCUGUCUAAAGAGGAGGAGGCCGCGCGCGCCCGCCUCCGUCGCCGCGCCCGCGCCUCCCGCAAGUCCGCGCACAACGUCCUCGCCCUCGCCGCCGCGCUUGAGGUUGUUGCAGUUGGAUAUGCCAUCAUGACUACCAGAUCACCGGACCUCAGCUGGCAGAUGAGGGCAGUCCGGGUGCUGCCCAUGUUCCUGGUUCCUGCUCUAGCUGCUCUCAUUUAUUUAACUAUUAGAAGCCUCACAAAAAUGCUUGACAACAGAGACCAACAUACUCUUGAAAAACUUCGAGCUGAAAGGCAGGCCAAGAUUGAUGAGUUGAAGGAGAGAACAAAUUACUACACUACUCAGCAACUUAUACAGAGAUACGAUCUUGACCCUGCUGCGAAGGCUGCAGCUGCAACUGUUUUGGCAUGUAAGUUGGGUGUGGAUUCUGGACUGAGAGUCUUUUUGGGAGAUGAAUCAAGCAGGGAUGCAACACUCGGUAAAAGUAAUGAUACUAAUCUUGGACAAACUACUGGGAUGAGGCAAAGAAAACCAGCACACUUAAGCAAUGGCACUGGAAGGACCCAUUCCCCCGAGCCAUUAGAUGGCUCAGAUGUGUAUGAUGGUAAUGAAGAAGGCCUUGGUACUCCAAAGCAGAGGACUGUUGAGCACUUCAGAGGUCCAGCAGGUAAUGAUGGAGGAUGGCUUGCACGAGUGGCUGCUCUGCUUGUAGGGGAGGAUCCAACGCAGUGCUACGCGCUAAUAUGUGGCAACUGCCAUAUGCAUAAUGGUCUUGCAAGGAAAGAGGACUUUGCAUUCAUCACAUACUACUGUCCCCACUGUAAUGCCCUCAAUGGAUCCCGGCAACAUGAGGGCCAUGACAUGGUAUCUAAUUCUGGCAAGGAGAGUCCUAGUUCUCGUUCUGAUGGUAGCAUUGGCCACGUCGAUGCAAGCCUUGCAAGCUCAGGUGUUGUAAGUCCUGUCGCAAGCAAUUUACCAGCUGCAGCUGUUGAAGAACUCCCUGAAGAAGAUUCUGGGGACAAGGCAAGUAGUGAUCAACCUGCCAAUUAAACUCUUCGUUUUGCUGUAGAGUAUGUAUUUGUGAAGUAUUGCAUCUGUAACAUGGAUUUGUGUCGAGGUGAUCGAUUUUUUGUACGACGUAGUAUAUGGAGUAAGUACCAUGUUGUGUGCAUUAUUGGUGUGCAGCACCUGGUAGCUUGGGUAGUUUCAUCGUGCCUUAGCCCCCAGAGUACCAGCACAACGCCCGUUUGCUGGCAUCUUGUCAAGUUGAUGGCCCCAAUUGUUGAUGGGAUGUUCAUUUCUUUCUUCAUUGUUUAUGGAGUGCAUCAUAUUGAGAAGCGUUGGACAUUA